AACGCGUGCUUCCAAAGCACCAAGCACCCGAAGCGGUUCGAGCAAUGGGUUGGGGGUUUCACCUCCACCCAGCUCUCCCCAGUAGGAAUGGAAGAGCCAGGGCUCAGCUGGCUUCCCUGGAGGUUGGCCUGGGGAUAGGAAUAACAGAAAACACAAAUGAAAAGGUCUAAGGGGAAAAGAUCAGGAGCAGAGCAGUUGUCAUACUGGCAAGCAAAAAGUAAUAGUACAUUUGAUUUGUAGUUCUGUGCCUGAAAGUAGUUGGCAUUGGGUGCUUUGGAAGCAACUCAAAAAAAUCCCUGUAAGCAACAACAGUAGCUUAUCCAGCUGUGGUGUGAGGUUCUCCAUGGGCUCAGUGAGUCCGUAGUUGAUCAGUUUGGAUCAUAUCCACCUCACCCCUUACCUGUUAGGUUUUGGUUCUGUUUUUGUUUUAUUUUUAAAUCAGCUUUUCUGUGUUUUGUUCAUGCUCACCCUGCCUCAGGUACAAGUCGUGCCAGGUUCUGAGGUUUCUCUCUGAACUAUUGGGAUGUGAGUGGCCAGGUCAGUGAGAGUGGGCAGCAUGUAAUUCCCUGCCUGUUACACACAAACUGCAUUUUACUCUGGUGGAUUUAAUCUAGUACAGCACUAGCAAAAAAAAAAAUGUAGUAGUGGCUGGAAGUGUGAGCAGAUGCAUGAUGCAGGAUGGAUGCACUAAGUGAUGAGAGAAGCAUCUUGCUCAUUUACGGGAAAACUCCAGGGAGACGGGACUCAGGCUGUCCUCAGAGCAGCAAGGGAUGCCCAAAGCCUCUGAGAAAGUGGGAGAAAGCAACAGACCCCAUCUGAAGCUACAACAUGAUAUUUGUUUGUUUGUUUGUUUGUUUGUUUUCCCCUUUUCUGCCUGCACUUUGGUUUGAUUUUUUCCCCAUCUGACCCAGUAAAAUUUGAAUAAUCGUUCUCCUGGCUUUACCAUCCUGGUGUCAGAUCUUGGGGGCUUGGCAGGGUCUCUCUGGGUCCCUCUGCGGGGGAAAUGCUGUUCCUGGCCCUGUCCAGAGGGGAUAGAAAGAUAACUUGUUAUGCAGGACACACAGGCAUUGCUGGUCAAUCUGCCAAAAGCUCAACCUGUCCUCUUGAGAGCUGGUCAUUGUGGUUCCUGGGUCACUCUUCCAGCCACAAGUAUUCUGCACUAGGAAGGUGCCAUGAAAAGGGCAGCUUUGAUGUUCACAGCCAGCUUUGGUGCAGAGCCUGUACCAGAAUGGUCCUGCCCAUGAAGCAGUUGGUAGGGAUGUUAUGCCAUAAGGAUCAGGAUUUGGGUAGCUCUGAGCACUGCCAUGAUAUUGUGCUUCCCAGGUUAGCAAACGCAGCGACUCCACUGUGGAGACUUCCCUAUGAAGAGCAGCUGCAGGUAAAGUAUAAAAGCCAGAGGAAGAUUUUGCAGACACUGGCAUCUCGUCUUGAGGAGCUGGGCAUAGACACACAGCAACCUGGUGGACUCUGCUGUCCUCUCCAGCCUAUAGUCCCAUCGCCUGUCAUUAAUGGCUACCGAAACAAAUCUACUUUCUCUGUGAACCGAGGACCAGAUGGGAACCCCAAAACCGUAGGGCUGUAUGUGGGAACUGGCAAAGCAAGAAAUAUUGUCUGUGUGAAAGCCAACCAUAUAGAGCACAUACCCCUAAAACACAAGCAGGUAGCCCAGUGCUAUGAGGACUUCAUCCGUCGCUCCCCCCUGGAUCCCUGCCUCCUCUUCCACACAGGUGGCCACUGGCGGGAGCUCAUGGUGCGCACCACCAGCUGUGGCCACACCAUGGCUAUCGUCACCUUCCACCCGCAGGAGCUGGGCCAGGAGGCGCUGGCUACUCAGAAAUCAUUGCUUAAGGAAUUCUUCACAUGUGGACCUGGAGCAAUCUGUGCCUUGACUUCACUUUAUUUCCAAGAGAGCACCAUGACACGCUGCUCUCAUGAACAGGCCCCCUUCCAGCUCCUUCAUGGAGAACCACACAUCUUUGAAGAAGUGCUUGGCCUCAAGUUUCGCAUCUCUCCGGAUGCCUUUUUCCAAGUAAACACGGCUGGAGCAGAAGCUCUGUACCGGGCAGUUGGGGAGCUGGGUCAGGCUGGUGGGGACACCAUCCUCCUGGACAUCUGCUGUGGAACGGGUGCAAUAGGUCUCUCUCUGGCUCACCAAGUGUCCAAGAUUAUUGGUAUUGAGGUGGUGGAGAAGGCAAUAGAGGAUGCCAGGUGGAAUGCAGCAUUCAAUGGAAUUUCAAACUGUGAGUUUCACAGUGGAAAGGCAGAGGCCGUGUUACCACAACUCCUAUCAUCGUGGGAGGAUGCCCAACCUGUUGUUGCUGUGGUGAACCCAUCCCGGGCUGGGCUCCAUUAUAGGGUUGUGCGAGCCAUCCGAAACUGCAAGUCCAUCCGAAGGCUGCUCUACAUCUCCUGCAAGCCAGAGGGUGAAGCCAUGAGAAACUUUACCGAGUUGUGCUGCCCACCUGACCCAGGGAAGAAACUGACAGGAGACCCAUUUGCCCCCACGUUGGCUAUACCUUUUGAUAUGUUUCCUCAUACUGUUCAUUGUGAGCUGGUGCUGCUGCUUACCCGCUGACAAGGACAUAGGUAUGCCAGCUCUGAGAGCUUGGGAAGCAACCUCCUGCAGUCCUGAAGACUGGAGUCUAUGUAGUUAUGGAUUUUAACUUAUUUUCUUGACAUUUGUAUUAAAAAAAAAAAAAUUUUGGUUUUGCUCUUACUUUGGUUGCCUAACAGUGUUCUGUAAGGAAACACUCAGAUUUCUGGGGUGAAAAGUUUCUCUGUAUUUCAUCACCCUUCCCUCCCCUGCAAACCUCUUUGUGGGAUGUUGGA